CUCACCUGCAUUGCCAGGAGAUUAUGUGGCGGUGGUGGAGCACCGGCACCAUUUGGAGGAAACGGUUGCGGCGGUGGCGGCAUCGACUGCGGAGGGGGUCCGCCUGCACCGGGAGGUCGCCCCGGAAAUCGGGCAUCCAUACCAAAUCCACCAACAAUAGGUGAUCGCCCUGUUGAGGACACCGAUGAGCUCCGCGCUGAGGAUUCCCUCAUCUGA